AUGACUGUAAUAUUUGUUUUAGGCGCAAUAUUCACGGAUGAUCAAAAAGACAGUCCCUCGGAGUUGGCAUUUAAGUAUGCUAUAUAUAGGAUCAACAAGGAUAAAAGUCUUCUACCGAACACAACACUUGUAUAUGAUAUUCAAUACGUGCCAAAAGACGACUCUUUCAGAACGUCUAAAAAAGCGUGCAAGCAAUUAUCUCGAUCUGUUCAAGGAAUAUUCGGACCAUCAGAUCCUCUAUUAGGAGCGCAUAUUCAAAGUAUUUGUGAAGCCUUAGAUGUACCACAUCUCGAAGCUAGAAUGGACUUCGAACCUGCAUUCAAAGAGUUCAGUAUUAAUCUGUAUCCAGCCCAAGACCAUCUGAAUAAAGCAUUCAAAGAUUUAAUGUCUUUUCUAAACUGGACCAAAGUUGCCAUAAUCUAUGAGGAAAAUUACGGGCUAUUCAAGCUGCAAGAUCUUGUUAAGUCGCCACCCUCACCUAGAACGGAAAUGUACAUUCGUCAGGCAGGUGCCGGAACAUAUCGACAAGUACUUAGAGAAAUUCGACAAAAAGAAAUCUAUAAAUUGAUUGUAGAUACAGACCCUGCUCACAUGCAGUUUUUUUUUCGAGCGAUACUCCAGUUGCAAAUGAACGAUCAUCGAUACCACUAUAUGUUUACAACAUUCGAUAUUGAAACGUUUGAUCUAGAAGACUUUAAGUACAACAAUGUUAACAUGACAGCAUUCCGUUUGGUUGAUUUGGAAGAACCGAAGGUAGCAGAAGUUCUGAAGCAAAUGGAGCGUUUUCAGCCAAUCGGGCAUGCGAUUCUCAAUCGUACUGGAGUAAUUCAGGCAGAACCAGCACUCGUCUAUGACAGCGUUCAAGUGUUUGCUCAUGGCCUAGCUUCUUUGGACCGAAGUCAUGUACUCCGACCUAUGAAUCUAUCCUGCGAAAAGGAAGAGCCGUGGGAUGAUGGUCUGUCACUAUACAAUUACAUCAAUACAGUAAGUACAGUUUUCUAA